AUGGAAUCUUGUUCAACAGUGAAGCUUCAGAAUUCGAGUUCCUUUGGUCUGCACAAAGGAGUUGUUUCUUCUGAGAGAGUAAGUGCGUUCUGGGGAGACCAAGUGGUCAAGGCCAAUCAUCUGAAGACACAGAGAAUUACAAGUGGACCUCAAAGGAUUCAGACAAAUCUCAUUCGCUCUGUUCUCACCCCAUUUGUUGAUCAAGAGUCUCACGAACCUAUUUUGAGAACUCAAAGUGCAGAUCCAAAGAAUGUAGCAUCUAUCAUAUUAGGUGGCGGUGCCGGGACUCGGUUGUUUCCUCUUACAAGCAAGAGAGCUAAACCUGCGGUGCCAAUUGGAGGGUGUUACAGGCUGAUAGAUAUACCGAUGAGCAAUUGUAUUAACAGUGGUAUUAGAAAGAUCUUCAUCUUAACUCAGUUCAACUCCUUCUCUCUCAAUCGCCACCUUUCUCGUACUUACAACUUCGGCAAUGGAGUCAAUUUCGGUGAUGGGUUUGUUGAGGUUCUUGCUGCAACACAAACUUCUGGAGAUGCAGGGAAGAAAUGGUUUCAGGGAACUGCUGAUGCCGUUAGGCAAUUUAUGUGGAUCUUUGAGGAUGCCAAGACAAAGAACGUGGAACACGUCUUGAUCUUGUCUGGUGAUCAUCUCUAUCGGAUGGAUUACAUGAACUUUGUGCAGAAGCACAUCGAGUCAAAUGCUGAUAUCACAGUUUCUUGUCUUCCCAUGGAUCAAAGCCGUGCUUCGGAUUAUGGGCUGCUUAAAAUUGACCAAUCUGGACAAAUCGUUCAAUUCUCAGAAAAACCAAAGGGAGAUGACUUAAAGGCAAUGCAAGUCGACACUUCAAUUCUUGGGUUACCACCAAAAGAAGCUGCGGAAUUCCCAUACAUUGCAUCGAUGGGUGUUUACGUGUUUAGAAAAGAGGUUUUACUAAAGCUUCUAAGAUCGACUUAUCCUACAUCCAAUGACUUUGGUUCUGAAAUAAUCCCAUUAGCCGUAAGGGAGCAUAAUGUCCAGGCAUUUUUGUUCAAUGACUAUUGGGAAGACAUUGGAACCGUAGGAUCAUUCUUUGAUGCCAAUUUAGCCCUCACGGAACAGCCUCCUAAAUUCCAGUUUUAUGAUCCAAAAACACCAUUCUUCACUUCUCCAAGAUUCUUGCCACCUACCAAAGUUGAUAAAUGCAGGAUACUGGAUUCGAUAGUUUCACAUGGAUGCUUCUUGAGAGAAUGCAGUGUGCAGCACUCUAUUGUGGGGAUACGAUCACGUAUAGAGUCUGGAGUAGAGCUUCAAGAUACAAUGAUGAUGGGAGCAGAUUUUUACCAAACAGAAGCUGAAAUCGCCUCUCUAUUAGCGGAAGGGAAAGUUCCGAUAGGGGUUGGCCAGAACACCAAAAUCAGAAACUGUAUCAUUGACAAGAACGCCAAGAUCGGGAAGAACGUGGUUAUAGCAAAUGCAGAUGGGGUGGGAGAAGGAGAUAGACCAGAGGAUGGAUUUUACAUAAGAUCAGGUAUUACUGUUGUGUUGAAGAACGCCACCAUUAGAGAUGGUCUACAUGUUUAG